AUGCGCACAGCUGUGAUCAAAGAUCUCCUUCAUCAUCAACCGGAUAACAACAACACAGACAAUUGUAUAACUCACCAAAUCCGAGAGGUCACCCUAACGAUAAAACGUACCAUAAACUCAAUAUACGAAAUUUUUGUAUCAAAAGAGAACAACCACAAAAACACCCUCAUCGAAUCCUAUGUCAUGUCUUUUCAAAAGACUUUUUUGAUACCCUCUAAACUAAGUCAUGGCAAUGAAACACCGAGCCAACCUGCCGUAACGCGACUCUUUUCACCGAGUUCCAACGUUCAUUUGCUAGUUCGUUACUUACCUGAAUCAAUUCAAAAUUUUACACCUCAGUUCAACCCUGGACCGUUUGUGGAAGUAGCAGAUGUACGCGAAUUAUUAAAAAAAUGGAUAAGCGAGAUUAAACACUUAUUAGAGGAAGAGUUUCCAAAAAUAUUAUCUACAGUCAAAACACAGAUUGAACUAGUGAGCAUUCGGUCCAAAGUAUGGGCACUCCUAGAUGCUGACGAAAAUGUGAAAGGAAAGAAAAACAAUAAAUGGCAACAUAACACUGAGCAACUGUUGGGUACUUCAUAUUCUGUUUGGGAAAACCUUUAUCGGACCAUCUUCAAUAACAGGGCGAAAUUGAUUAUUGACGAACAAUUGGAAGAACUCGUGAACCAACCACACACACUCGUGUGGCCUGCAAUCAUAGACUCUAAAGAAAACACACUGAGAAAAGGCUUUUCUGUUACAGUGAACAUUUGGCCUGAUCCCACCACAACAAAGUAUUUUAAUGCAUUCAGUCUUCCCAAUCUAUCCUCCUCAAAAGAAAUUCAAGCUUUCAAAUCAGCAUUAACGGAAACAGUCUAUGAUAGAACCAACAUAUUAGGCAGAUUGCAAAAGGCUUUUGACGAUAAGUUAGAACAAAUCAGAAAAGAUAUACAAGAACAUAUGAAUAUACCAAAUGUUGAUAACGAUCAUUUUCAGUCCAUCACUGAUGCAGAAGCCAUCAAAGAAUAUUUUCAAGACAGGUGCUACGCUUCUGUACUCGACUUUUGUGAGGGUUUAAAUGUGCUGAUGAAGCAAGUUAGUGCAGAAAGCUGGAUGGAUCAAAAGUCUAAGAACUAUGUAAUUAUUUUCCUAGGUAGAUUUGCCAGGAACAUUGGUAUCUUAUCAAAAGAACUACCAAGAUCAAUCACUGUUUCUACUAUUCUACCGGAGACAGCAUCCAUGUUGAAGCUUCACAGUAAUCUGAAUCAAGAUUCUAAGUUUAUUGAGAUCCAAGAACAUUUAUUGAGCAUAUUCCAUAAAGCUCAUGACCCAUGGUUAUCAUUCUUGACCGAGAAGUUUACGGCCGCAUUGAAACAGACUCUCAUAUCAACAAAGUGGAAUGAUCAAUGUUCAGCUAUACAAAUAUGGGAAGGUAACAUGGUAUAUUUAAAGGGGAAAAAAAUAACUAAUGAGAAAGCUCAUAUUAGAAAACCUUGUUUUAUCAUUUUUAGAUGUCGAUGA